AUGCGCGUUCCGGCGUGUCCCAGCGUCCCCGAGCCGUCCCUCGCGGCGCCUCCGCUGCUGCGGCGCAGCCAGACCGAAGGAACGCACGAGACGGAGCCGCUCGAUUACUCCAUCACCCUUAAUGAUGAUUUCGCAGCGUUGCAUCUUGACGGGGCCAUGACACACGGUGCAGCGCCGCCGCAUCCAGCGCGCCAGGGCUCGAAUGAGGCGCUGCAGGACUCUGGGAGAGCAAGCAGAGCAGCAUCGCAAGGGCCGUUCAAGAACCCUGGGAGACGCAGGACACUGAGAGGCGAUUCCUGCGGAAGCUUGUCGGAAGGGUGCAUUCCCAUUGUCCCGGACCCUGUGGGAAGUCUGGUCACUGUUAGACCCAAGGGGAGUGCGCCCCACUUUGUGCCUGCCUCUGAGCAUCGGCUCUUCUCCGGCCUCGACAAUGGCCCGCGUCGCUUCCACCGCUCCUCCAUGUCCUUCUCCCAACUGCAGGACCUGUCGGCGGAAAUGUCGGCGCAGCCAGAAGCUGCGCAGAAGCUUCCAAUGCAGAAGCUGCCAGCUCAGCAAUUGCAAACGCAGGAGCGGACAACACAGCAGCUGCCAGCACAGCAGCUGCCAGCACUGCAACUGCCAGCACAGCAACUGCCAACACGACAACUGCCAACACAGCAACUGCCAACGCAGCAACUGCCAACACAGCAACUGCCAACGCAGCAACUGCCAACACAGCAACUGCCAGUGCAGAAGCUGGCAGCAGCAGCUGAGAUUGCCGGGGCAGGAAAGGGGACGGCACAUGCAGCAUCGGCUUCCGAAUGUGACCUGGCCUCGCAUGCCUCACCUGGCGUUCAGGGGACUGGCAGACAGGAACCGAAACAGAAUGUAGUGAAAAAUGAGCCAGCUCUGGAGCUGAGUGGAGACGAACAUCAAGAGGAUCUGAUAUAUUUGCAGUCUCCCAGCCCCCCACGCAUGCCGCGGCAAACACGUGGCAGGCGCAUGCGCCGUGUGAGUUCCGAGCCUGGCUUUUGGGUGGAUCGUCGCGCCGUAGCAGACGAGGGUCGGGGGAGGGGGAGUAGAGAGCAGGAAAUGGUGGGAGGUGGUGUGGAGGCUUUGGAUAUGAUUGUACGGUCGCCGGAUAGUGGGUGGUGUAAGGUGGGUGGGCUGCAUUCGUGGAGUCCGGAGCAUAGGGAAGCGGACACCGGUGGAAGUUGGAUGCCCUCCAAGAAUGGUGGAAACAGCACCCACAGGCAUAGAGGAGAGAUGAGCAGGACAGUGGGGAUUACAGCAACACCUGUUGCUGGAGGGCAGAGGCAUGUGGAGGAGGUGAACAGCAGGGGCAUGCAAUCAGGCCCAGUGCUUCAAACCACGGAGGCAGAGGCAGGUGAGCUGAGGCUGACAGCACAUCAAAGCCCAACACCCGCAACAUCUCCACCAGCGGCGUAA